CCCCCAUAUUGAAGUCAGCCUCUUGAAGUUUUAUCGCAGUUUUUUCUGAUACCAGGGCUGAGAUUACCAAGAUAAAAACCAGAGCGGUGCCACAAAACGACACAAUACUUUUUAAUUUAAAGGACUUUAUCGCGAAGCCUGCUAAAAUAACAGUGGUGUUUGAAACCAGCCGUCAACACUGCAUCCCUCCCAGGAAUCAUGUCGGGUCAGCGGGACAGGUACCUCCUGCGUCCCUCGGGGUCCCAGGAUCAGUGAUCAUGACGUCAUGUGUCCACCUGCAGCGCAGGAGGGCUGGUCUGCUCUUCAACCUUCAGCCUCCAGGCACACAUAAUGGAGAGGGUCUGUGUCGUCUUGAAAAUAACUCUCCAACAAUUUACAUUCAGCUUAUGUUUCCGAAGGUCUGUUAAACGAAGUUUUAUAUCGCUGUGGUGUGAAAGUGCCGCGCGACGCUUGCAGGUCUGAACGGUAACUACAGGUCAGGGGAGAGCAGCGACUGCGCUCAUUGCGGGGUUUGGGCACCGCUGAUCUGACAGUGCGUGGACCGGCUGAACCCGCGUCGGGACGGAGCUCUGCGCAGCAAACCACUGUUGUUGGUAUCAGUGACGCAGUUGGACGGGGAUCUAAAUCUGAGCAGCCCGGGACAAUCCUACAGAUUAGCGCUUGACCCGCAGGAUUUGUUGGAGAGGCACCCGAUUCCCCGGGAGCGACGCGCCGAGUCAGAGCAGACAGAAUGAUCUAGAUUUAGAUUUAGAUUCCACCGGAGCCCUUUCCACAAGCUUCUCCGUCUCUUAUCAUCGGCUGCGUUUUACGCAUGCACAACUCCAGGACGCGAAAUUUGAGAGGAGCCAUCUCCAACUGACCAAAGUGGAGGUCAUGGCAGGUUUUACGCAGAGCGCGAAUAUGCCGAUAGGAGUGUUUGAGAAACUUUUUGGCGGAAUCUACAUUUCUCAUUAGUCAUCUGAGAUCUGAUAAUGAGUGAUAUUCCUGCUGCCGGCGGAAACGUCUAAUCCCUCCCUGAUUACCGCGCGCAGAUGGAUUGCGUCGUGUCAGCCAGCAGACUGAUAUCAGGGCCUAGUCACACUAAUUUAAGCGCUAUGCUUGCGUCUUGAUUGCUGAAUUGAAGCCAUUUAGGGCAGUCCAGCAUCACUUUGUGAGCGCCAACUGGACCCCAGCUUCUCCCCCUGGGGCCGAAAUGAGGAGAGCUGUACUGAAAGAAGCCGCCAAACGAUUCCCCUGGCUGGCCAAUGUCACGUUGUACGGGUGCUUAUUCGCCGGCGGUGACCUUGUCCAUCAGCUCAUAGCUCAGAAAGAGCGCAUGGACUGGAAACACACUCGCAACGUGGCCAUUGUGGCAAUCAGUUUCCAUGGAAACUUCAAUUACUUCUGGCUACGAGCCCUGGAGAGGCGUUUCCCUGGAAAGUCCGCCGGGAUGGUUUUCCGCAAACUCCUGCUGGACCAAAGCUUCGCGUCGCCUUUGGCCACCAGUGUCUUCUACACGGGGGUGAGCUUCUUGGAGGGCAAGGAGGAUAUCUCUGAAGACUGGAGAGAGAAGUUCUUCAACACCUGGAAGACUGGACUCAUGUACUGGCCAUUCAUGCAGUUUCUGAACUUCGUCCUGAUGCCGUUGUACUUGCGAACAGCCUUCAUGGGCUGCUGCGCCUUCCUCUGGGCCACCUUCCUGUGCUUCUCUCGACAGAGCGGCGAUGGCACUGCCACCGUGGCUCUGGCCUUCGUCAUGGACCCCCGUAAGACCCUGGAGGAGAUGCGCGAGGCCCGGCUAGCCCGAAAAAAGCAAAAGACCCAGAGUGAAAACUAAAGGGAGGAGGAGGAGGAGGAGGAGGAGGAGGAGGAGGAGGAGGACGCUGCUUCUGUCCUUCAGGCCUUUGAGCUUCGGUCGCAGGACAGAGGGGUUUCCACUUUUGCUUAACCAGCACCUACAAACUGAAAGCAUCAUGGAGAGCUGAAGAGCUGAGGAGCAGGUUACUGAUUGGAAAAAGAAAAACAUUGUCAAUGAUUACACACACACACAACAGUUGUUAGGGAAUCGGGAGGCUGCAGUAAUAAUAAUAAGAUUAUUAGAAGUUGAAGUUGCAGAUGUGUUGACAUUUUCUUCCUGUGCUGAAUAUCAUUAUUACAUUUGACCUUUUCUAUGUCAAAACUAAGUGUUAUUUCCACAGAGCUGUAUUCUUAGUAAAGUGGGGAAGAAUUUAGAUAAAAGAGGAUAAUAAAACACGGGUGAAGCAGGUUAGUAAGAAUAUAUAUAAAUAUAUUAUAUCUGUGUGAAAAUGCAGGUUAGGGCUUCAAAAGGAACAAAUGACAAACAGCACAGUAUCCCUUCAACAGUAAAUAUGUGAUCAAACACACUGCACCAGGUGGACAACCCUGACAGUCAGCUGAUAACUGAAAUAAUAAUAUCAGACCCAUAUAUUGUUCUUUAAAGGGGCACUCCACCAAUUUUAUACAUGACAACUAAUUUAGUCUCCCAACUUUAUGAAAAUGUGAUACUAAGUUGCUGGAGUACCCCUUUAAGGAUUGGCUCAGCUACAGGAGAAUCAAGUAAUGAGUAUUUGAAGUUCAAAUACGUUUGUAGCUGAUUGAAGCUGCUUGUAGCUAAACAGAAUGUAAACUAAUUCUUUAAUGGUAAUUAUACACAACUUUCACAGCUGAUUUUACAAUCUCUUAUAAAAAAGACUAGUCUAAAGCCACAAACAGGCUGCAGUCUUCAUUACAGCCCGUAAUACUAAAGCGUUGGAUGAAACAAACAACAUACACAAAAUCUUCUACACUUAAAACUUCAGUACUGGAGAUAAAAAUGUCAAGUUUGUCCUGAAGGUGACGCUGGAGAGAAGGUCACAGGGUCAUUAAAAUCAAAUGGGUUCAUCCUCAGGGGAGCAUGAAGGUGCUCGAUACACUUUAAAGCAAGAUUAUAGAUUUGAUAAUAGAUUUGGAGAUUCUUGUGUACAAGUGGAGAUUUUGUCCUAAUGAAGGCUCUAGAGUAAAGGGCAGGGGGUCACCAAUAUUAAGAUUCAAUCUCAGUCAAUCAUGAAUAUUGACAGCAGGUUGUUUUUGCUUUGGACCAAAGUGACAGAUGGAACAAUGGAGCAACACUAAAAUAAAAAAUAAAAACUAGUUAAAGUGGAAUUCAGCAAUAGGAUGUAAGGUCUAGGUGCUUAAGCCUGGCACUUAUUGUUUACAGUUGCAGUGAUGAACAAAUUAUGAUCUUGCCUCCAAACCAUAAAGGUUUCUGUUGAACUGAGAUUGGACCCAUGGACUUUUUACUUUAAAGGGCAGUUCUGUUGUGAUGGGCCGUGGCUGGUUGUUGUGCUGGUGGCACUGGUUUGAUGUGAGCCCACUGGUUUGAGAUCAGAUUUAAGGGCUCCAUAUUUUUGCUUUACACUAGUUGUGCCUUCUUUCGGUGACUGUCCUGACCACAGGUCUGCGAGCUCGCAGUGUUUGGCUGACUCAUGAUAGUCAAUAGUAAUAAUCAAUACAACGAGUGAACACUGAAUAUAUAUAUUUUUGUGUUUGUACAAUUUUAAAUGGAGUUUCUGCAUUUAUUUUGGGAUACACUAACGUUUCAGGCUGAUUACAUGAGGCAAUAGGCUUCGGGAGUCUGAAGAGUCCAAAAUCAAAAGGGUUCAUCGUCUGAGGACCAAGAAUGUGCUCAGUAAAUGUCACAAACUUCCUGAUAGUGGUACUAGAGGAAGGGUCAGGAAGUCAACAAAAACAUUAGAGGGAUCAUGAACACUGCACAUUUUAUGGAAACAUGGCCAUCAGCUUUUAAGACGCCUUGUCAAAGUGUUGUUCAAGGAUCAAAUUGAACAUGAUGGUGGUGCUGGCAAACAUGAAUAUUCAACAGGUUCAUUUUCAGUAUUUUUUUUUUUUUAUUGUUAACAAAUCCCAUGAAAAGACCAAAACCAACAAUGUGUUGUUGCGUCUCUCAAGAAUUUCUCAGUGGGCUGUGGCUCUCAGCCCAAAGCCCAUUUGUUCCUACUGAAGACAUAAAUCUGUAAAAACUGGUAAUGAAUAGUUUAAUUUCCUAAAACAGAUGUUCACUUCAGUUUUUAGCAAACCUUACUCUAAUACGAGGCAAUAAUCCAUCUGUUGGGGACUAUUUUCAGCGGCAGAUUAAUCCACAUGUGGUGCUGUAGUGAGUGUUUGGGGCAGCAGGACGGUGUGUGUGGGGCUGAGUCAGAAUAAACUACAGUGUGUGUGUUCAUGGUGAUGAAGGAACAUGUCACCCAGUGCAGCAGAGCGGCUCACUGAUGUGUUUUUAUUGUUUCUGGACAACAAUGGAGCUCACUUGGAACACUUGUUAGCAGGUGUUUUUGUGGGAUUUGUUGAUAAUAAGAAACAUAUAAAAUAUCGCCAGACUCAUCCUUUAAGAGAAUCAUAAUGCAACUGCAAAUCCUCUAUAAACUGAAUCACUGUUUUAUAGUUUUAGGACAAGCCGAUGAUCCUAAGCUUAGCAAUUCUUAGCACCACAAGGGCUCAUUAUGUGUUACCAAAAGAUAUGUAUCGGUGCAUCCCGCUUGUGUCGUGUCUCCUAGUUUGACCUGUGAAGCUACAGUAUCUUAAUCCUGUCCUCUUACUUGAAACAUCACAUAGGUUGCCAUCAGCCCAGAUACCUUAUCAUGUAACACUUACCUACACCAGACCCAUUACUCACUAUUGUUUAGAUUUUAAUGAUAUUUUAGUGAAGCUGAAAGAUGUGUGACUUUUAUUAUUAUUUAUCCAAAAGACACAAAAGAGAAUUGCAGAUUUCAUUGCUGAACAUACAGAACACUUAUUAUACCAGAAGUGAAACACUCUGGCUGCAUUGUACGUGUUAUUGUACUUUCAUGGAUUGAAUUUACCUGUCAGUUACACUAGGGAGGACCAAGUUUAUACACAGUUUUAGAGGUUUGGACACAGCCCUUCUGUAAAUAAGCUUUAAGUGAAUAACAACAUAGGCAUCCUGUUUUUCCAUGUACGAAACUAAAAUAAAACCUCAAAGAAUGCUCAGUA